AUGUCUGACCUCUGCCCCGUCUACGCGCCCUUCUUCAGCUCUAUGGGCUGCACGGCUGCUAUUGCCUUGACUUGCAUUGGUGCAAGUUACGGUACCGCGAAGUCUGGUGUCGGUAUCUCCGCAAUGGCCGUUCUCCGCCCGGACUUGAUGAUGAAGAACGUCGUCCCAGUCGUCAUGGCUGGUAUCAUUGCCAUUUACGGUCUCGUCGUAUCGGUGCUUAUCUCCGGUAACCUCGGUGCCCAAAUCACCUUGUACCAGGGCUUCGUCCAGCUCGGCGCUGGUCUCUCGGUCGGUCUUGCCGGUCUCGCCGCUGGCUUUGCCAUCGGUAUUGUCGGCGACGCCGGUGUGCGUGGCACCGCACAGCAGCCGCGUCUCUUCGUCGGCAUGAUUCUUAUCCUCAUUUUCGCUGAGGUCUUGGGUCUGUACGGCCUUAUCGUUGCUCUUAUCAUGAACACAGCCGCGACGGGCUCCGCUGUCUCUUGCACAUAA